CGUGACGCGUCUUGAACCCGGUUCCAGCGAGCUCUCGUCUGAUUGGCUGUCGAUGACAUCACCCUGCGCUCCGGUGACCGGCGCGUCAUUGGCUCGGACCCGCGUCAGUCUGAAGUGACAGCCGACGCGGACCCGCUAGAAACUCAAACUCGAGCUUUAAACGAGACGAGAGCAAAGCAGCGCGGGAGGGAAAUGCUGCGGGACUCCGGGACCGGCUGACCGACUUCACACACCGGAAGAGACCGAUAAACACGUUAAAUAGCACCGGUCAACUCGUACCCGUCGGUUUCAUCCCGGACGUCUGAGUUCUCUUUGGAGCGCCCGUCCUCUGAGGUCUCUCCAUGCCUCCAUCUCCACUCGACGACAGAAUUGUGGUGGCGCUGCCAAGGCCUAUAAGACCUCAGGACCUCCGACUCUGCCUGGACACCAGCUACCUGGAAACCACCGUAGGCACCGUCGCUACCGUCGGCAAGGCGACGGUCAUCAGCAGCAGCAGCACCACCGUGGUGAAGAUCCAGGCGACCCAGCUUUCGUAUAUGCCCUCGUCCGGCGGCUCCACGCGCUCGCUGACGUGUGGAUGCAGCAGUGCCAGCUGUUGCACGGUGACCACCUACGAGAAAGACGGCCAGACGCGCGCCCAGAGCCAGGUCAGCGCCAGCAGCCCGGACUUGAACUCGGGAGUGGGCUAUGGCGACGCCCCCGCGGGCCGCGGAGAGGCGUACAGCGCGCCCAGUCUCCCCUCGGCCGUGGCCCGGGGCGGCAUGCGGGUCAUCCACCCCAACGAACUGGCGAGGAAGCUGACGCACUGCCCGGCGGGCCACCCCGUGGGACCCGUGCCCGUGGUCAUCGACUGUCGGCCCUUCAUGGACUUCAACAAGAGCCACAUCAGGGGCGCGGUGCACAUCAACUGCUCGGAUAAGAUCAGUCGCAGGCGACUCCAGCAGGGCAAGAUCACGGUGCUGGACCUCAUCUCCUGUCGGCAGAGUAAAGAGUCCUUCAAGGGCAUUUUUUCCAAAGAGCUGGUGGUGUACGACGAAUCCACGGUCGACCCCGGGCGGUUAACGCCGUCUCAGCCACUGCACGUGGUCCUGGAGUCUCUGAGAAGGGAAGGAAAGGACCCCAUCGUUCUUAAAGGAGGUCUCGCUGGUUUUCGACAGAGCCACGAGGAUCUCUGCGAACACUCUCUCCAGCCGUCAGAAGGUCAGGACGGCAGGACCGCCACGGGUCUGUCGGGGGCGCUACCUCAUUCUUUACCCUCCACACCAGAUAUAGAAAACGCAGAGCUGACCGCAAUCCUUCCCUUCCUGUUCCUGGGCAAUGAACGGGACGCUCAAGACCGGGAACAAAUGCAGCGGCUGAACAUCGGCUACAUCCUCAACGUGACCACUCAUCUGCCGCUCUAUCACUAUGACCUCGGCCUCUUCAACUACAAACGUCUGCCGGCCACCGACAGCAACAAACAGAACCUGCGGCAGUACUUUGAGGAGGCGUUCGAGUUCAUAGAAGAAGCUCAUCAGGCCGGUCAGGCGCUCCUCAUUCACUGCCAGGCGGGUGUGUCGCGUUCCGCUACCAUCGUCAUCGCUUACUUGAUGAAGCACACUUGGAUGACCAUGACAGACGCAUACAAGUUUGUCAAGUCUCGGCGGCCCAUCAUCUCCCCCAACCUCAACUUCAUGGGUCAACUUUUAGAGUUUGAAGAAGAUCUUAAUAACGGCGUCACUCCGCGUAUACUCACGCCUAAACUCAUGGGCGUGGAGACGGUCGUAUAGCAUCCACGGGUCCGGAUGGAUCUUUUUCUGGGAUUUUCGCAUUGGAAUAUCCUCACAUGUGUCUCCUUCACUCUCGACCUUUUGGGAUGAGCGUUUCAAAAUGAGAGUUGGAAAGGAGAUGUGCAUGAAGAAAACAAUCCCGGUCCGGUCCGGUCCGGUGUUAAGACAAAAACACUGUGUCUGCGGUCAUUCGAUGCUUUUGGCCGCUUUGGUGCUUGCUUUUGCUCCCAGGAGAGACGGGAAAGAUGAAGGCUUUUGGUGUGCCAGUAUUUUCAUUUUAUUUUUAUACAGUAGAUCGACCGCUGGCGUGGCGGUGAAGAGUCGACAGGCUUCAGUGUGCAAUAAUUUCUGUUUGUCAAGCCACCAGAUGAGUGAUGUGUUUAUAACCAUCAGUUACAUGACUCUUGUGUUUUUCUUACGGCGUUUUUAGUUUGAUGUGGACCUGAUAUUCUCUGUGCUAGAUGAUCUGCGGCUUUUAUCUUUGUGACAUCACAGCGUUUAUAUUGGAUAAAACCACCUAAACCAGCGCGUGAAUGCCGGUGUGCGUGAGCGUGUGUCAUGAUCACGAUCACAACAAACUUCUGAUUAUUCGAGUUAUUGCAUGAAGAGUCAAAGCAUAUGGACCAGAACAAAAGUAUAUUAAUAUUGAAUAAUCGUUGUGCAGUUAAAAACAUUUGCUUGACGAUGAAAAGAACAGUUAGCAGAAUGAGAUCUUUUCCAUUUGUGUGAAUGAGCCUGAUGAAAAUUCACCAUGGUUUUACUACAAAGAAAACACAUAGUUCAACUAUCGCAUCUACAAAUCAACCAUGGUUUUGCUGAAGUUACCAUAGUUUGAGCAUGUUUUUUGUAGUAAAACUGUGGUUAUUCAAAUGGUGAUCAGUUUGCAAAAAACCAACAACAUGGUGACUACACUUUUCCGUUUUACUACAAAGAAACAAUCAUUUUGGUUUGAAAUGACACCAUUAAAGGGAUACUUCACCCAAAAAUAAAAAUUCUGUCAUCAUCAGGAAAAAAUACAAUGGCAGUCAAAAGUGCCGCACAACUGUUUGCUGUCCUACAUUCUUCAAAAUGUCUUCUUUUGUGUUCAACAGAACAAAACAAAAUGAUAAAGUAAUUUUUCCUACUAUGGGAGUCAAUGGGAGGCAAGAUCUGUUUGGUUAUAAGCAUUCUUCCAAAUAUCUUUCUCUAUACAGAUUUGGAACAACUCGAAGGUGAGUAAAUGAUGACAGAAUUUUCAUUUUUGGGUGAAGUGUCCCUUUAAGACACCAUUACAGUGUCAGGUUAUAUGGUUCUAUAAAAAACCUUUAAUAUCCACGAAACCUUUGGUUGCACAAAAGUACUUUCAAGAAGCUUUGACUGAAAAAAAAUGCUGCAAAGAACCCUUUUCACACCUUUAUUUUAAUGUGAUUGUGUUUGUGUGUGAAUGAGAAGCGUCUGUUCUAUUUUUUCUGUGUUGAUCUCAGUUCAGGUGAGAUGUGUUCUCGUGACCUCAGACUGGCCGAAUUGUGGUGAAUUUCGACUUCUCAGCUUCAGACUUUGCCGUCAGUAAUUGUGCCUCUAUCGGUGCCUUAACCCAGGAUCACUUGUGAUGAGAUGAAUCUGUGUGCGCUUCAGGACUGUCUGUGUGUUUUUAAUGAGUCGGAGAUGGAGUCCUGUGUGUUAGAAAGCUUCUGAGCUGAACAAUGUUGACAUUUCUUUCAUUAUUACGAGGCUGAUCGUGUGUCACUUUAAAUUGGGGCUUUAAAUGAUUUAUAAGUAAGAAUUAGCAGUAGCUCUUAUUUCCCAUGAACAAACUUAAAUGCUGUGAAAUGAACCAACUCUGGGUUUGUCUAAAUAUUGAAAUGUGCAAGAGAAGAAAAUAUUACUCUGGCUUUUUUCUAAAUAAUGUUUCUAUUGUUCAGAUUUACACAUAUUUGGGCGUAUUUGAAAAAUUGCACAUUGCUACAUAUUUCAUGCUAUACUACAAAAGUGUAAUACAGUUACCACGUUGAAAUUGUGAUUUUUAAUGAAAUUUCAACCUUGAAUUCAUAAAUAAGUAAACAGUAAUGUGCAGUCAGCGAACGUUAUUGGUAAAUAAACCAUAAACCCUUAAAAACCAUGGUUUUACCAUAGUAAAAGUGUAUUAACCAUGAUUUUCGGUGGAUUUAUCAUCAUCUAUAGUUUGACUAAAAAUAUCAUGGUUUAUCUAUGGUGACUGUAGUAAAACCAUGGUUCAUUUUCAUACGGGAACCGAUUGUUUUUGCAGUUUUGAGCAGGCUAAUCUCUACUUUAUCUGAACCUGUAAUGAUUCUCAUGUUAGUCUGGUUUAAACCAGAGGAACAAAAGAGUGAACCAAAGUCCCUCACAGCCAGAAACCCAAUCACAGCUUCUAUUGCCGAUUCAUUCUGAUCAUCCGGUUCAAAUGCUGGGCGACGAUUUCUGAAUGCAAAGCACAUCUUGACUCUUCGACCUGCUUCAAAGCUUUCUUGUAUAUUUACUGCUGUACGCUGAAGGUGUGAAGAACGUUACCCUUCGGCCGAUGCGCAAAUGCAAAUCGCAGAGGCUUUAUUUUCAUAUGCUGGUUUUCUGUCGCUUUGGUGUGUCACACUGUGCUUGUACGAGCGUCACCCCGAGCAUCUGAAUCCGGCUCAAGGAUUUAAAGGGCAGAAACACUCCGGGUGCGCUCGCGGGAAUAUGGGAUUUUUGCAGCUGUCGGACCUCUAUGCAUUGUUUAUCUUUUGCACUGACGUCAAAUGGAAAUUGACAGCUUUUUUAUUUGAUUACUUUUCCCACAAAGGUGCUAUGAUGCUGGAGGCCUUCCGCAAUGUUUUUGCAUGACCUGCUUUGGUAAAGCGUCUUCCUGUAAGCCAAGAGCUCUCUCUUUAAAUGUCAGAGUUCAAAACACUGUUAUUUUCUAAUGUGAGGUUUGGAAAUAAACCAAAAUGAAA